AUGCCGCUUCGCGAGACCGACCCAGAUUUCGAGAGUGAGCUCUUCGAAAAGGUCAAGGCAGCGUUAAACGCAAAGUUCGGGGUUUCCGAAUAUGAUCUCCCGCUGCCGCUCCUCCUCGUCGAUGAAUAUGCGGAGAAGCCACUGCCGUGCCAUGAACCUGCCGAGGAGACCAUCGCCAUCAGCGCCCACAUAUCGGUGCGCAUCCGUGCCUUUUACGAGCAGAUUGCCGCCGCCUAUAACGGGAUGGAGGAUCCGCCAGCCAGCAUCGGCAUCAAGCUCGAAAUCCAGCCGCAGAACUUUGACCCAGCGGAGCCAGCAUGCCACCAUCGCAGGUAUCACUCGCGCCGCCUGCAGCUGCACGACCCCGAGACACUGCCAGAUCUGCCUUUUGUGAGCAGCCUGGCCAUCAGGUCAAGGUCGUACGGCUCUGACGCCGAAAACGCGACAGACAUACGCCCUCUGUCGCCCCUCGUGCCGCUGCAGUGCCUCGUCCACCUGCCGGCUGUCCAAGAGUGGAAUGCCCCCUGGUUGUGGGAGCGGCCCAUGCCCGCCUGCAUGCCGAGUAGGGUGAUGCGCGAGCACUACACCUGGCCGUGGGAGGGCCCCCUGCGAGACGCCCGCCACGAGUUCGGCGCCGCCAUCAUGGACCAGGAGAAGCACCUCUGCGGGAAAGGAAUCCCCGCCAGUCUGACCAGGGCCGCACUGCACUUCUGGCCUUUCUUCUCGUGCCCCAGGCAUGACCAGUCCGUGGCCCGACCGAACCUGAUCCAUCCCGCGGAUAAAGACCCGGUGUCUGUCGGCCUGUGCAAGCUCGGUGCGCAGCUAAGCCUGUUCGACGUGCGUGCUGUGGUCACUUCAGACCUGUUCCCCAGUCCCGAGGCAUCAAUCGACCAGCAGUGGUCACAGAUGCGGCGAUUCCGGCUCGAGUUCCAUUCCCUCCGUCCAGACGGGCGGUGGUACUUUGUCGGCCCCGGUGGCGAGGAUCCGCACGACUCUGAACAAGGAGGGUACAAGAUCUCAGACACAGAACACUACCCCCGCGAAACCGACACGGAGGAGGACAUGGACCUCGACGCCGAGUACGGCGACAACCCGGACGACGAGUACGAUCACGAUCUAGACAUGUUCCGCACCGAGCCCUGCAGGGAGCGGAUCGAGCCCCUGCUUGCGGCGUUUGCGAAGUCUCUGACUCGCGACAAUAUGCCGCGCCUCGAGGACGCCGAGAUUUUCACGCACCUGUGGUGGGACCCUUCAGACGACAGAGAAGUGGAGGAAUAUGGUCUGCCGAUGAGAAAGGGCCACAGAUGGGGUGUCAAGUUCAUUGCUGGGCGUGGUAGUAAGAAGCAGGAGGACGGCGAUGCUGCUGCCGCGGCACCAACACCACCGGUGGUGCAGUGGCAGGUUGGCGACUGGAGACCCAGCGAGGAGGUCAUGAGUUUGUUCGAAAGCCUAGGACGGCAGGAGUGGCUCGAUCUCGAGUGGGACAGGUAUAGAUCUACGGCGGGGCACGACUUGCUGGGAAACAGCGAGUCUACACCCAUAUAG